UCGUGCCAAUAUAUUAAACGCCUGCUAAGCAAAAAUAACAAAAUUACCACAAAAGAAAAAACACUGAAAUACCUGAAAAAAAUAAAAAAAUAAUAAUAAUAAUAAGAAAGAAAACUUAUACAAAUAACAGAGAUCUAUCUAAGCCAAAAUAAUAUUUAAUUUUGGCGCACUUCAGCGAUCGCCAGUAACAGCGUACUUGGCUUACCGUUGUCAGUGUGACCAGUCCGCGUUGUUCAACUAAAGCUAAGUAAUUUGCAAACAUUUAUUUUCAUUACUUUCUACUUAGAUUUCGAGUGUGUGAAAGUGUGGAAAUGCCAUUCAUUUGCAGUGUGAGUGCCUUGCAGUGGGUGCAUUGGCCUUGGCCUGCCCGCCAGCCAAGUGUCUCACUCAAUUCAAUUUGCAUUCGAGCAACCAGAAACGAAUUUUCAGUAUAAUGCUUCAAUAGAUACUGCAGCAAUGGCUGCAGCUUCCAACUUGAGCUACAGCCGGACUUUGGUAGCUCGUUCGCCUUGUCGUCAUCAUCAUCAACAUCGUCAUCAUCAUCAUCAUCAUCAUCAUGGAGCCGCAGCCAACGACGACGUCGACGACGACGAUGAACAAGCCAAAGCAGCGGCAGCAGCAGCAGCAGCAGCAGCAGAAGAAGAAGAAGAAGAAGAAGAUGUCGCCAGUCGUUGGGCAAGGCACUAACAAAGGAUUGGAUCAGUCGAAUUAAAUAAAGGGAAAGAAUCACAUACACACAUACACAUACACAGACACACACAGACAGGCACAUUGUAAUCGCAAACAA